UUUAUCUAGUUAUAAUACAUAGGUUUCUUCAUCAAUUAAAGAAGAAAGUGAAAAACCCAGCUUGUGUUGAAGGGUCUAUAUGUGAAGCAUAUAUCAUUGAAGAGAUUGCAUCAUUUUGUGCCUUGUACUUCGAAGAGGAUGUCGAAACAAAAUUUACUCGAGUGCCACGUAAUGAUGACGGAGGUGAAGUAGAUCUCAUGGGACGUCUUUCGAUUUUCAAACAUCUUGGACGACCCUUGGGACCGAAAAAAAUACUCGAUAUCUGACAACAAAUGAGUAUUUGGCUGCAGAAUUAUAUGUUCUGAUGAAUUGUGAAGAAAUGAUUCCAUACAUUGGGAUAUUCAAUGAAAUGGUGAGAAGGAAUAACCCACGUGUUACUGAUAAAGAAUUGGAGAAAACACGAGAGACCACAUUUACAUCAUGGUUUAAGCGAUAUGUGGAAGAGAAUUGUUCCGAAAUUGAUCGUCGUAUUACUCAACUCGCUCAUGGUCCAUCUCGAUUGGUAAAAUGCUAUAAAGGUUACUUUGUGAAUGGUUUCAAGUUUCAUACUAAAGAAUAUAGCGGUCAUCGGUCGACACUGAAUUGCGGUGUAUGCGUGAACGGAAAUUGUUAUAAUGAUUAUAAUCAUGACUUUUAUGGUGUCUUGCUAGAAGUAAUUGAGUUGGAGUAUUUCGGAGAAAAGAAAACCGCAUUUGUCACCAAGUUUAUUACGGUCCUUAUCCCUCACCAAGUCCUCACCGCCGGAAUUGGUGGGCUGUGUUCAAAACCAAGGCAAGAAAAGAAGAAGAAGAAGAAGAAGCGAGCAGCAGAGAAGACGCAGGGCGGCAGGGGCGGCGACGACGACGACGAGCGGCACGACGACGACGACGAUGAUGAUGAUCUAGAUGAUACGAUGAUGAUGACAGGCAGUUAA